CCAACGCCCUUUGUAAUCUAUAUAAGAUUCAUACCCCGGGGAUCCAGGGAUUGCAGAGACUGGCCUUCUGCUCUCACCUGGAGACGAAGCUAGAGACCCAGCUCAGCUCUCCCAGGGAAGUGAGACCACCAUGGCUCAGAAAAGGUUCUGCAUCUGGUUCCCACUUCUGGUCCUGGUGCUGCUGGCGCUGGGGUAUGUCCAGCCUUCUCUGGGCAAGGAAUCCCGGGCCAUGAAGUUCCAGCGGCAGCACGUGGACUCGAACCCCACCAACUACGGCCCCAACUACUGCAACGAAAUGAUGAGGCGCCGGCAAAUGACAGAUGGACGAUGCAAGCCAGUGAACACCUUUGUACACGAGCCUCUGGCAGAUGUCCAGGACAUCUGCCUCCAGGGAAAUGUCACCUGCAAGAAUGGGCAGCCCAACUGCCACCAGAGUGUCUCAAAGAUGAAUAUCACCGACUGCCACCUGAGGCGUGGCUCCAGAUACCCCAGAUGUACAUAUGAGACCACCCAGGAAGAUAAAUACAUCAUCGUGGCCUGUGAGGGGGACCCGUACGUGCCAGUCCACUUUGAUGAUUCUGUUUAGGUCUCCACCUGAGGCCGGAGCAGUGAGAUGCACCCCCUCACCACUGUGACCCCUGCGUCUCCCCUCUCCCUUCCCUGCCCUGAGGGAAAUAACUCAAGUUGGUGCUCCUCCCCAGUACACAAAUGUUUCCCUGCCCAAGGCUUGCCCUUGCAUGGUUUGAGGGGUGAGGUGUGCCCCAUGUUAACCACUUCACAACUUCUUUCAAUAAAACACAGUUGCAU